GCCAUUCCCAACCUGAGGGGCUUCAAACUAGGAAUUCAGUUCAGGAAACAUGCAGACAGGCUCCGGCAUGGCAAUUUGUUACAUUUUUGCAAGAAGUUAAAAACUUGGAUAGUGAAUGCCAGAAGCUAUCAAGAAAAUGGGGAUUUUUGUACCUUGUAAUGCUUUCAGGAACUACCCACUUCACUCAGAUGAUAUGAAUAGGGAGAAAAUUGGGAGCAGCAGGAGUAGUAUGGUGUUACGGAUUGGAAAAGGAGAAUGGACAAAAAGAUCGUGACCUCACUUCCUGGUAAAUAUCAGUCCAAAAGACGUUGCCUGUGGUUACCAGUUGCCUUUUAUUUCCUUCUGUUAUCAGUGUUGUAAAGUUUUACAGCUCUCACGUCAUGGGGGUUUAAGGUUCAACACACCUUAGCUGCAUGGUCCUUUCCUCUUUCUGGAUAUGUUAAGAGUCCAAGUAAAGAUCAGGACUGACAUUUGGAACAUAAACAGGUUGAGGGGAUUUAUCUGAAAGCUGAACGUUCCAAGCACCACACAGUAAUCAUGUAUAAUCCAACAAAAGAUGAUAUAUAUGCAUAUGCAUUGUCGAAGACCUUGACAAAAGUGUCAUCACCUGCCACUGUAGGACUCUACUCUUCAUGUCAGAAUCGACUUAACAUGAUCCUCGGACAAAUGGAAGUGUACAUGAAGCAGGAAGCGUCGAGGAUUGAGCAGGAAUACAAAGGAAGGUUCCGGCCUCGCUCAGCUAGACCAUCAAUCUGCGGUUUUCUAGCUCUCAUUGGAAGAAUGCUCUUCUACAGACCCAUUUGGACAGAGGACAAUCAGCAGCACCAUAACGUCAGAUUCAUUUAUGUACAUUUUAGUGCGUGGCAUUUUGCAGGCAGUGACCUGCUGUGGGCCGGGCUAGCCAUACGGCUGUUUCAGGCCAUGCAGAUGAGCUUUGGGAAAUUACAGAUUGUACUCUAUCGUGUGGCUCAACAUGAUGAAGAAAUGGAAGUCCAGAAUAAGAGAGUGGAGGAAGGUCUCAACCAUUGGAGGUCCAAAAAGGUUUGCUGCUGCCCUCUGUGGUUUCUCCUCCUGUCCAUCCUCAUGGUACCACUUGUAAUCCUGGUUUUCACAUUGACUUUUGGUCUUCCCAAUCCUGAGAUGAAACCAGGUGGAGCAGUGAAUGGAACAAACACAAGCCAUGUGGGAGUGUUUGAGGGCCUGUUCAUCGCUUCCAUUGGACUCCCUGCAGCAGGAGCUUUGAGGUUUGUCUUUCAGAUGGUUAAGAACCUCAUCUUCAGCCAGGAUCUGAACAUUAGGAAGGGAAUGGACAAUGAGCGAGUCAGCAGCCAACUUGGCUUCAUGAACGACGUCAGGAAAGAAAUGUGGUUACUGUCUCAAUUCAUCCAGUUUAUGGAGGUGUUUGAGAGAAGGAGGAUCCGAGUGGUACUGAAGAUCACCAAUCUCGACCGCUGCUCCCCAAAGAAGAUUGUUGCAGUUUUGGAUGCCAUUAACAUUCUGCUUUCAGAUGAGGAAAGUCCGUAUAUUUCCAUUCUGUCUGUAGAUCCAGAUGUUCUUGUACAGAAAGUGAACUUUGCAGAUGGUUGCUUCAGCAAACAAGACAGAGCUUAUGCAUUGUUGAACGGAAUUGUGACUCUGGCCUUUACAAUCCCACCACUGGGCGAUGACUCAAAGCGCAGUUUAUUUGACAGCCUCACUAGCAAUUCAAAAUCCCCUGAUGACUUAAGCAUGAGCAAAUAUAAGCAAGGAACUGGGGCUCUAAAAAAAAAGUCUUCCUCAGAUGUAUUCUCAGUGGAGUUUGCCAUUGAAACGCAAGAGUCAUAUCCACUGAUGGAUAAAACUACAGCAGCACUGGAUGUAAAGGACGAGGAAGUAGAGAAGUUGGUUAGGAGCAUCCUGAACAGCAACGAGAGGAAUCUUAACAAGUACAUGUUAGAGGAUGCCACGUCUAUGAGGAGGGUGAUCAACUCCAUUCGAGUGACUGUGAUAGUCAUGAAGGCCUUGCAGAAAGAGCUUCCUAGACCAGAAUACAUCGCUGCAUGGGUGGUCUUAGCUAAUCAGUGGCCCUGCCGCCUCAGCUGGAUCCUCCAGUGUGUGGAAGACGCUCAGCAGAGAGCAGAUAUUGAACUUGACAAUGUUCCCAAGGCUGACGAUUCAAAAACCUUGUGGAAAGUCUUCCAAAAAUCCAGGGCAGAGCUGUAUGUGAUGAGUGCACAGAUUGAGGACCUCCUGGAGCAGGAUGGAGAUCCUGAAAUGUUUGAAAGAUUUCUCACAGUAGAUUUCAAAUUCACCGUAAAGGACUUGAAGACCUUUGAAGGUUCGACAGUAAACCUGGAUCAUUCAAUCAGGAAGGAGCUGGCUCACAUCAGAGGGACAUCCAGGCUGAAAGAUUCUGGCUGGAUGAGGAACCUAGCCCCUCUGCCAAUCACAACCAUCAUCAACAUGGAUACAGAAGAUGUUUGUAAAGAAUUGGAGAGGCUGGACUACCAAAGUAAGUAUAAUGAUAUUGUGAGAAGAAAUAACCUCAAUGGUUCAGCCCUGCUCUUUGGUGAUACAGACGACCUCAAAGAGCUCCUACAAAUGACCUUUGGAGAAUGGACAAGAUUCAGACUGCACUUCCUGGGUGUACCAUCACGUCUCCGACAACCGUACAAGAACAUGGCCCCGCCAGCUUCUCAUCCUCAGGCCAAUCGAUUUCACUUCCACAUGCCUAAUCAGUACUCGUCUAAUCCAAAUCUGGUUAACGGCAGCAUGUAAGACUCCAAUCCAUAUCCAGUGUCCAUAAAAUGAUGAUGUGCAUGUGUAACACUUAUUAACAAUUUGUACAGUAACAACACGUGUGCAGAGUUCAGGAGUUUAUUUAAAGUCAUUACAUUCACUUUGUUCAGCUACAAGGGCUUGUGUUACUUGAUUAUGUCCCUGUGUCCACCUAAAAUCAAUUCAGACAUCAUGACACAAUUCCAUCUGAUAAACGAUAAAGACCUGAAGGACAUUAUUCAACAUCUGAAAUCCUCCUCCUGCAGCCUCGAUAUUAUUCCAACCGGAUUUUUCAAAGAUGUUUUUUCAUUGCAUGGCCUCAGAUCUACUUCACAUAGUAAACAAGUCUCUCCACUCGGGUGUAUUUCCACAUGCCCUGAAAACUGCAGUAAUGAAACCGCUCUUAAAAAAGCAUAAUCUAGACACAUCCGUAAUGAAUAAUUAUAGGCCAAUAUCAAACCUCCCAUUUUUAGGCAAAAUGAUUGAAAAAGAGUCAUUUCAUGCUUUUAAUAAUAAUAAUAAUAUUAAUAAUAAUAAUAAUAAUACAUUACAUUUAUAAAGUGCUUUUCCUGGUGCUCAAAGCGCUUACAAUAUUAAAUAAAACAAUUUUAAAUGACGGUGUUGAUGUGUUCCAGUCAGGCUUUCGACUAAACCACAGCACUGAGACUGUUCUUGUUAAAGGUCUUCAAUGACAUCCAUUUAAACACAGACAGUGGCAGAAUAUCAGUGUUAGUAUUAUUAGAUCUCAGCGCUGCAUUUUAUACUGUUGACCACCACAACAUAUUGCUAGACCGACUAGGAAACUGGAUGGGACUUUCGGCAACAGUUCUAAAUUGGUUUGAUUCCUACUUAAAGGACAGAAAAAACGUUGUCUCUAUAGGCAACUACACAUCAGCGUUGACAAAUAUGACAUGCAGGGUUCCUCAAGGCUCCAUCUUAGGACCUCUGCUUUUUAAUAUCUAUAUGCUACCACUGGCUCAAAUUAUGAAAAACAACGACCUAAGUUAUCAUAUCUAUACAGAUGACACCCAGAUUUAUUUUAAAAUGUCACCAGGAGACUAUUCUCCGAUUACAACACUGAGUAAGUGCAUUGAGCACAUCAAUGACUGGAUGAGUAGGAACUUUCUCCAAUUGAACAAACAGAAAACUGAGAUGAUUGUUUUUGGAGCAAAGGAGGAACGAUUAAAAGUCAUCGCAGAGUUUUAGUCGGCAGACUUCAAAACAACGAAUAAAUCUAGAAAUCUAGGUGUAGUGAUGGACUCAGAAUGUUAACAGUCACAUUACAACAGUAACUAAUUCUGCAUACUAUCACCUGAAGAACAUAUCUAUAUCUGUCUGUCAAAUAAUUGAUUAUAAAGUACUGCUGCUGGUUUUUAAAGCACUAAAUGGUUUAGGACCAAAUUAUAUUAACGAUCUCCUGCAAAACUAUGAACCAUCCAGCAGGAGUCUCCGGUCUUCUGGGACGGGUCUGCUCUCUGUUAGAAGAGUCAGAGCUAAACAUGGAGAAGCAGCAUUUAGCUUUUAUGCCCCGACCAUCUGGAACAAACUCCCUGAAUCCUGCAGGUCAGCUGCAACUCUUUAUACUUUUAAAUCCAGACUAAAAACGUAUCUUUUUGACGCUGCAUUUGGAUGAGUUGUUCAAAUUCAAACUGCAGUAUGGCUUUUAUCCAUGUAUUUUAUACCUGUUGGGUUCAUUUUAUUAUCUUUGCUUUUUUUAAUGCCUGAUUUUAAAUGCUUUUUUAUAAUGUGCUUCCACUGUAUUUAUUCUUAAAUGUCUUUUAUUUAAAAAAUGUAAGCACUUUGGGUUGCCGUGUGCUGAAAGGUGCUAUAUAAAUCAACUUGCCUUGCCUUGGAAUUUUUUCUAAAUCUCAUGCAACUAUGAGAAAUAAGUAUCACAUAAAAGUCAGUUAACUUAAGGAAGAGAAAGCCCAACAAUCAUAGUGGUAGUGUUACCAAGAUGUCCAAUCAUGUAGAAAUCUGCCUUAGUUGACGUGAUUGUACAAUUGUGUUUAUAAUGGACACAUUUUUCAUUUUGCUACAUCUCACAUUAUGAAAAGCACAUCAUAUGAUGGCUGAUUCACAUUAAGCUGCUUUUGUUUCUUGGUCCUGGUAUUGUACAUGCUAGUUCAUUCACACUCUCACGGCUACACUGUGACACUUUAGUAACAUGGAGCCAGUGUUUGUGUCACAAAUAACACCUGUGCUUUUCUUUUUAUAAAAAGGGAGAAAGUUUGCUGUAAAAGAUUUAUGAGUCAGGUUUCUUUUCUGUCAUGGUGCUAUAAUAGAUGGCCCAAAGGAUCAGCUGUGAAGCAUGUUACAUGAGGAAAACACACACACAGAGACCUACUGCUUUUCUACUGUACUUGGAAAUCAUUUUCUGUAACUAAAAAUAUAUAAGUACAAAUAAGAAUACCAUUUAAUUAUAAAAUAUAAUGCCCCACAAGUGCUAUUUUUCUCUUUCUGCUCCUCUAUCACACAAACAUAUGACAUGCACAUGGAGAUAAGCAUAGAGUUAGGGGCGAUUCAACUGGGAGGGUUAACAGGAGGCUCCUUCAUGCACAAAAUUGCAACCUGAUUUCAGCUUUUACACAUUCCAAUUUGUGUUGAGCUAUUUUUUAUUUUGUUUGUACUUUUCGAAACAAUUAAUGUGUAUUAUAAGGAGGAUGAUCUGCCCAUGCCAUAGACAAUUAACUGUAUGUUUAUGUUGUGGAAGUCCUUGUGAUGUAUAGACAGAAAGAUUGCAUUCCAGAGGCAGAACAGAUUUUACCAAAAUAUAUUUGGUAUUUGACCGAUUUAAAUGUGCUAUACGUUUCGAAUACUUGAUGAUCCUUAAGAAAAAAUAAAUAUAAUUACUGUAAAUGGCACUGAACUGUGAUUUUACCUUUCAUGAAACUCAAUAAAAUCUUAGUCCUUAUAAUAAAAUGCAUUUGAAAAAGUGUCCCAAAAAUAA